UUUAGAAAGACCAUGGGACGUCUUAAGAAGGCUAUGGAAGAUGCCGGUUUGGAGAACAACCAAAUUGAUGAAAUUGUGCUUGUUGGUGGAAGCACUAGGAUUCCAAAGGUUCAACAGCUUCUUAAGGACUAUUUUGAUGGAAAGGAACCGAACAAAGCUGUGAACCCAGAUGAGGCAGUUGCUUAUGGUGCUUCUGUACAAGGAAGCAUAUUGAGUGGAGAGGGUGGUGAAGAAACUAAAGAUAUCCUUCUCUUGUUACGUGGCUCCACUAAUCCUUAG